AUGGUUAAAAGAGAAUUGUACACUUGCAAACGAUAUAAGACUACUGGUGAUGAAGAUUGUUCUUUUGUCACAACUGAUAGAGCAAACAUUACUGAAUUAGAAGUGGGCGAUUCUUCAGAUAUGGUCAGAAAUGAUGUGCUGGUAAAUGGAGAUUCAGUUAUUACAGGAACUGAUGCCUAUAUUUGCGGAGUGGAUAAUGAACAUCAAAUACUGCUAUCCUUGCAAGAAUCAAAUAUACAGGCCGUGAGUGCAGCCAUAGAAUGGCUUAAUCAGGAGCCUGUUAAUGCCACAGCAGAAAAUAUAAUUGUUGCUUUCUAUUUACAGGUAGCCUCUCUUGGAGUGACAACAUUCACAUUAUGUGCCCUCUGCAUCGAUCGGUUUCGUGCUGCCACAAACGUACAGAUGUACUACGAAAUGAUCGAAAACUGUACAUCAACUGCUGCCAAGCUAGCUGUUAUCUGGAUUGGUGCUCUUCUGCUGGCAUUACCUGAAAUCGUUCUCCGUCAGCUGAUCCAGGAAGACCCAAUACCUGGUAUGGGAUUUCUUACAGAGCAGUGUGUUGUGAAGAUAUCCCCUGAACUUCCAGACACUAUCUACGUAUUGGCCCUCACUUAUGAUGGUGCAAGACUUUGGUGGUACUUUGGCUGUUAUUUUUGCCUACCUACUCUGUUCACCAUUGGCUGCUCACUUGUGACAGCGAAGAAAAUCAGACAAGCUGAAAAGGCCUGUGCAAGAGGCAACAAGCGUCAAAUCCACCUUGAGAGCCAGAUGAACUGCACAGUAGUGGCACUGACAAUUUUGUAUGGAUUCUGCAUCAUACCUGAAAACAUCUGCAACAUUGUAGCAGUAUACAUGGCCACAGGGGUCUCAAAACAGACGAUGUCCCUCCUUCGUCUCAUUAGUCAAUUUCUCUUGUUCUUUAAGUCCUGCGUGACGCCAAUACUGCUUUUUUGCCUUUGCAAGCCAUUCAGCCAAGCUUUCAUGGAAUGUUGUUGUUGCUGUUGUGAAGAGUGCACUCAGAGGUCGUCAAGCGCCACAAGUGAUGAAAAUGACAAUGAGUUCACGACUGAACUUGAGUUGUCGCCUUUCAGUACUAUACAUCGUGAAAUGUCUGCAUUUUCGUCUGCUGGCACUCACUGCUGAAUGAAAAUGAAUGGAUUAUUUAUAGGCACUGAUGCUGCAUUGAAAACAUUUCUUGUUUUAUAUUGUGAAAACAUUGGAGAAGAAAUGUGAUUAAACACCUGCCUAGUCAGUAGAUUUGUUUACUAACAGAAUCUGAAAUACUGCUUAAUUCAAUCUCUAGCAGACACUUGUAGUUAUGUUUAUCUUUGGUGCUAUCAAUUACUUCUGAAGAUAAACACUAUCUUUUAUUUAAUUACUGCAACAAGCAGUACACAUUUUUGCAAAAAUCUAUUUUAAAAGUUAAUGUCCAUGUUUCUAUUUGUUAUAAAUGUUUAUUACACUUCAGUUUUCAUUGGAUAUUAACACAACAAUGACAACAAAAACAGUAUUUGUCUAUCUAUACAAUUCCUUUCACUAACAAUAAAUUCAUAGAAAAAAUAAUAAAUUAGUUUUAAG